CUUGUGGAGCUGUUGCUCGUCUCUGCCGUCUUAGUGGGCCUCGGCUCAGCUCCGACUUCGUAAGCGGCGGCGGUGGCAAGGCGGCGGUCGCCUUGCUCUUCAGCCCGUGGGUUCCUCUUUCCCGGUGUCUUUCCCGGCGUACCUCGCAUCCCUCGCGUCGCCGUCCUCGACUCCUCGCUGGAGCUCGUCCUCCGUUCCAGCGCCAUGGCCGCCAUCCCAAUUCAGACAGCCACCCGGUACGGGGCCAGAGGCAGAGACUCGAGCCCCAGCCCUCUCCCCACCGGGUCGACUGGCCGCGAUGACACCCUCUCGAGGCCCUUUUUACCUCCAGGUCGCCCCAGUCCAUUUUCCGACAACCUCUCACCCUCGGCGGCUUCGAACCCCAUGGCGAUACGCGGCAUGGACCACGACGACGUGCCUCCGCCGUUACCCCCUCCCCGGCUUGUUCCCAUCAAUGGCCCGGUCGAUCCAAUGCUGCAUUACAAGGAAAGCAUGCGCCGGGACGAGUACGGGAGCCCCGAUAGCGACUCAUUUGGGCACAGUUUCAAGCGACGGGACUUAUCCUUCAGGAGCGAUGUCUCGGAUGAUGGCUACCACAGCCUUGACAGCAUCAGGUCCGCUGGCUUUCCUUCGCCUUUUGGUCGUCACCCCAUGACUGGUUUCCGCCCUCACGGCGAUUCGAUCGACAACUCGAUGCUCGACAAGCUGAACCGACCAGGUCGACGCUCAGGCCUGAGCGCCUCGGUGAACGACCUGCCAGGCCCGCGGCUCCCCCACGCACCACUGACAUCGCUCUCUCUCCCGCACCGCACUCGACAGCCAUUGCUUGACUCCAGCUUUACCAACUCCCCCGCGGCCGUGUCGGCCACGUCCCCGAUCGAUUCGCCGUUCAGUCACGUUCCACGAGGGUCCAUUGAUCACCGGCCGCCCUUGGGAUCCGACAGCAGUGAUUUUGAACGAUCACCGCUGCCCCGGACGCCGCGGGUACAUGCUAGUCGGAUCCCCGAAGACAACGCGGCGGUGCCAAGGCUUGGUAGUGCCUACGAGGUCCGUGAUGAUGAGACGGACUUUCCAAUGGACGAAACGACGCGCAUGCGGGGCCUUGCCAUCGAAGACCAGUGGAGGGAAAGGGACCAAUGGGACAGAGACAGGGACAGGGAGUGCUACCAGCCGGGUCGAAAACGUCGGGCAUCGUCGCCGCCGAGCGACGACGCUGCGCUUACAAACGACCUGCUGCGGAGGAGGGAUGGCGGCCUCAUGUCGAGGGGCUCGCCCACGCCUCGACUGUUGGUGAUUCCCCAGAACUCGGUUUCGAGCGCGUCAUCGGUCAGCCGAAGCGGGAGCUAUACCAGUAAUCUCACUGCUAGCAGCAUCACAAGCCUGGGCUCGUUCGGACGCCGUUCGCCCAACCGCCUGUCACCCGGCGGUCUGUCUCCGACGGACCCCACGAGCGGCGGUAGCCCCUACGCGCCGCCAAGUAUCUCGACGUCCCCGCGUCCCUCAGUCGGACGGUCGGCUGCAGCACCGUCGCCGCAUCAACGAACACCAAGUGAACAGCCGCCACUGCAGCAGCUGCCGGCACAGGGCUCGCGGCCCGUGGUUUCGCCGCGGAAGCUCGCAGAGGUUCCCAAGAACCACAGCAGCCUGGCGGCCAAGCUCAAGGGCCCCUACAUGUGCGAGUGCUGCCCCAAAAAGCCCAAGAAGUUCGAGACGGAAGAAGAAUUAAGAGCCCACGAAGCCGAGAAGCAGUACGAGUGUUCGUUUUGCGGCAAUCGCUUCAAGAACAAAAACGAGGCCGAGCGGCACCAAAACUCGCUCCACGUGCGGCGGCACAGCUGGUCCUGCUCAGCCUUGACUACUUACGAGCGCGCGUUCCACGACAGCACGUCCAGGCCCGGCGAGAGCGACGUCUGCGGUUACUGCGGAGAGGAGUUUUCUAGGACGGGGCAGACUGCCGGGGGCUCGACCGUGAGUGAGCAGGACUGGGAAGACCGCAUUCGGCAUCUCCAGGACGUGCACAAGUUCCGCGAGUGCAACUCGAGCAAGAAGUUCUACCGGGCCGAUCAUUUCCGCCAGCAUCUGAAGCACAGCCAUGCCGGCACGAGUGGGAAGUGGACAAACAUGCUGGAAAACGCUUGCAUGGUGGAGGAAGAGCCGACCGUUGGCGCGAGAUGAGACCUUCUCUCUCCCUCAUGCGGUCUGGAAUGUUGCUGGGGAGGGGGAGGGAGCGCGCGUGCGGGGGCUUGGAAUCUGUGAGCCAACAUGCGCAGUGUUGGCCACCGCUUCGUGAUGUUGCCUGUCCUGCUCACCGCCGCAGGAGGACAGGAACUAUGCCCCCUCGGUACAGAAUCUCUUCCUGGGCGAAACGCCAUUGGGAAGGAACAGGAGGAUUGGCUUGUUUCUCGGACACCAACCAAGAAGGCAUCAGGCCGUCUGUGCCGCCAGAAGCAGAGUUGGAUUGCGGAGAUGGCCGAGAGGCAGGAGGGAUGCGACGUUGCUUCGGCGAAGGAUCGGGGCCCUGGCUUCGGAUUGCGAAAUGGAGUCGGCCGGCGUAUCGCUGUCGGC